CAACACUUUAACCACGCGCUUAUUCACGUCCACAAAAGAGCUGCGAUAGGGAACUUUACCUUCAAAUUUCCCUUGUAAAGUCGUGAAGGAAAUAAUACUCGAUCAUCUUGUUACCUUCGUCGAAAUGUCAUCGACAUCAGGUUCAAAUAAAAAAUCUGUGAAAUUAAUCACAGCCGUGCAAGAUCCAGCUUUGCUUGACAUGAGCCAGUCCGAACGAGCGAUCACCAAACUUUUGGACAAAAAAGGUGAGGCAAAGGCGCCGAAAAUCAUGCCAAUACCUCGGAGUGCCGUCUUAGAAAGAGUGAUUCAGUUCCUGCCGAAAAUGGAAGAAGCCCAAAGGAAACUAGAAGAUGUGCAAGACAAAUCAGAGCUGGACAUUGAGAACAUCAGUGAAGAACACAAGGACAACUAUAUUCAAUUCGAUUUAGCACUUGCAAAUCUCAACAAUGAAAUACUAGCUCACCUGGACGAUGAAGACUCCUCAAGUGAUGAAUCAUCAAGUGCUAGUGAUUCUGAUUGUGAGACAGACUUACAAGGAAAUAACGUUGAAAAGUCUAAGAGCUCAAAGAGCAAAAAUUUAAUUACUGAACUCUAAUUUUGCACCACUACAAUUCCUGCUGCCUGAAAAUGAAAUAAAGAUAAAGAAACUAUAA